AAUUUAUUCUCUUUCUCGCUUUAAGACAGUUGUUUCACUCUCUCUCUCCAGGCAAGCAACAACUAUCGCGGCAGUCUGUAAAAUGGCGCACCAACUCCCUCUCGAUAGCGACGGCGUCUGCAUGCUCUGUAAAGAGAAGCCGUCGGAGGACGCCACCCUCUGCUGCGGAACGUGUGCCACGCCAUGGCACGUGGCCUGCCUUUCUGGGAUAAAAAAUUCCGCCCUAGGGUUCGAGUGCCCCGACUGCUCCGGCGAUGGGCUCGGCGGAGCUCCGGCGCCCACUGACUUGGACAAGAAAGAUCUGUUUUCCAAAAUCCGGGCGGUCGAAGCCGAUGAUUCUUUGACGGAUGUGGAAAAGGCGAGGAAAAGGCAGCAGUUGAUGUGCGGGAAGAUCGAAAGUGGAGAAGCUUCUGGAGUAAAAGAAGAGAACUCUUGUGAUAUUCUGGCAGUGAUCGGCGAGAGCUUUAAGUGUUCUUAUUGCAUGGAGCUUCCAGAAAGGCCCGUUACGACGCCAUGUGGGCACAAUUUUUGCUUGAAAUGCUUUGAGAAGUGGAUCAAGCAGGGAAAGCGUACUUGUAUAAAGUGUCGUAGCAACAUUCCAAACAGAAUGGCCAGCAGGCCGCACAUCAACUCCACCCUUGUGGCAGCUAUAAGAAUGGCAAAGUUGUCGCGAACAAUCACCUCUGGAGGUCCCCAAACUGUUUAUCGCUAUUUACAUGACCAGGAUCGUCCUGAUACGGCAUUUACUACUGAAAGGGCACAGAGAGCUGGAAUGGCCAAUGCUGCAAGUGGGAGGAUUUUUGUAACUCUCCCCAAAGACCACUUUGGACCUAUCACGGCAGAAAAUGAUCCAGAGAGGAAUCUGGGGGUUCUUGUUGGAGAAACGUGGAAACUUCGUAUAGAAGCCAGGCAGUGGGGUGUGCACUAUCCACCUAUAGCUGGCAUUAGUGGGAAGGCACAUUAUGGCUCUCAAUCAGUUGUAAUUUCAGGAGGUUAUGAGGAUGAUGAAGACCAUGGUGAAUGGUUUAUCUACACUGGAAGUGGUGGGAAAGCUUUAGAUGGAAAUAAACGCACUAACAAGGAGCACUCAUUUGAUCAGGAGUUUGCGGAAGGUAAUCAGGCUUUGCGAGUCAGCUGUGUGAAAGGUUAUCCGGUUCGUGUCAUCAGAUCAGAGAAGGACAAGCGUUCUCCUUAUGCCCCAGAGCAAGGUUACCGGUAUGAUGGGAUCUAUAGAGUAGAAAAGUGUUGGAGAAAAGCAGGAAUACAAGGGUUCAUUGUUUGCAGAUAUUUACUUGUAAGAUGUGAUAAUGAGCCUGCACCGUGGACAAGUGAUGAGCAUGGAGAUCGCCCUCGGAAUAUGCCAGUCAUUGCUGAGCUUAGAGAGGCUCUCGAUCUUUUUGAAAGGAAAGAAAGUCCUUCGUGGGAUUAUGACGAGGUAGAAUGUUGUUGGAAAUGGAAUAAGCCACCACCUCGUAGUGAAGAUAAAGUGGUCGAUGUGAAUCCCGAAGACAGGGCAAUUGCAAGAAAGGUGAUCAGGAAAGCACAAACAAUUUCAAUGAGUGAAAAGCUGCUACAAGGUUUUCGCUGCCUCAUAUGUGAAAAAGUGAUGAAUCUACCCUUGACGACUCCCUGUGCUCAUAACUUUUGCAAGUCUUGUCUUGAAAAUGCAUUUGAAGGCCAAUCAUUUUCACAAGAGAGGGUCUGCCACAAUGGACGAAGGCUUCGUUCCAAGAAGAAUGUACUGAAAUGCCCUGCAUGCCCGACUGAUAUAUCCGAAUUCCUUCGAAGUCCUCAGGUAAACCGAGAAAUCAUGGAGGUUAUAGAGAAACUACAGUCUGGGCUUAAUAUGUAUGGAAAUGAUGAUGCUAAAGGCUCAGAGGAAAAUAGUUCCGAGAAGGGGAAGGAUGACACAGUCGACCCAUCAAAUGAAGAAGCAGAAAGCCAGCAUGAAAAUCCUCUUAAGAGAAAGGGUAGUUCGCCUAGCCUCUCAGACGGGGAAGAGAAUGCAGAUAAUUCCAAGAAAAGCAAAGUGGAUGUUGGUGAUGUCCAUGAAAGUAAUGGUGAUACAACAAUUGACAAGGCCCUUUAAGUAGGAAGCCUUCCUUCGCAGUAGAAUUGCAAAAAGUGAGAUGUCUUUAAACUACAAAGAAAUUUUUCUCUCUUCCGUUAUGUUCUGCUGCAUGCUUGUACCCUGGUGACAGCGGCAACAUUUUUCGGUGCAUCACAUAUUUUGAGAAACCACAGUUUUUGCGAAAAAGAAAUCUGUAUAGCCUCUGCUAGUCAAAUUAUAUUUUUGCUCUUAGCUUCAUAGUCAAAUGAUGACCAUGUGAAGCAAGCAGCGUAUAGUGUGGGAGCUGCACUAUUCUUUCUUUGAAACAGAUUUGCAAUGAUAUAUAUAUGUGAUGAUGAUUUGGGGUACUAA